AUGGAGUCUCCGCUAAUUUCAACCUUUGGUGAGCGCUUGGAAUCGUUUCCAAGCUCCACUGAAGACUAUGCAAAAAUAAGGCAUAGACUCUCGAAUAGACUACAAAAGCUCCGCCGUGCACUCAAAAUUCAAACCAAGGAUACGAAAAACUAUAGGGCUAAAGAAAAGACGUCCUCGAUUAGUCCGGAGGAUUACGAAAAGGACACCAGAUUUGGUGAUCUUCUUUUAUAUCUAAUUGAAAGAGACCUUGUGUUUGUGGAAGAGAUCACGUAUGGCCAGAUUGAGUACUCAAGAACCACAAAGACAUUAACCAUAUCCAAACUGAAAAAAGCUCGUCAACAUGCUAAGCACUUACUUUCCCUGCUGGCGAACGAGCAAGACGAUCUCAAGUUGCUUGCAAUUCUAAUUUUAGCCAGCUAUGUUGAAGGUCGCUUGGCAUUUUCACGCAGCAAAUGGGCAGAGGCCGCAUUCGCUUUGUCGGUCGCUCGUUGCUCAUUGCAGUACUUGUCUCAAACGGAAACUUCUGACCUGUACACCCAGAUCAUUGAGGGAUACAUUGACUCUGAGUUGAAAAUUUGUGCACUGAAACUGGAGAACGACAGAAAUCCAGAUCUCCUCCAAUUUUCAAAGACAUAUGCCACCAAAGACACCAUUACUUAUUUGAGUAAGGCUAUCAAUAUGGUGAAGGCCAAAGAUGGAGACGUUCUCAAGCCUAUCUCCAAGACCACGCUGGUCGAUUCAGUUUCGUGGUUCGAAUUUAGUGCUCCGCUGAAGGAUUUGGAUCUUGCUAGAGCCAUCACCAAAGCACAAACCGAGGAAAAGAAUGUGGUGGAGACUGAUCCUGCAUCGUUUGACAGGUCGUUUUUACUGUGGACUGAUGCAUCGAACUCCCACAAGAGCUCAUUGAAAGGUGGCAUAGAAUCCGAUGACGAUGAAAAUCAGGACAAAUACGUGAUCAUGACGUAUAUCGAUUACCACCAACUGCUCCUCAGAAUUAGAAGAAACAUUUCCCUUCUGAACAGAGUGAAUGCGAAACUAAACAAGAAAAAAACAGUUUCGAAAGCUGCGUUUUUGGAAAACGCUAAGGAAUGUGUCAAGCUAUACGAAGAUGUCAUAUCAUCAUUCAAAGAACUCACAGAGCUUUCAGGCGUGGCCCAUAACGAGAGCCUCCACUCUUCCCUUGUAUCGCUGCAAGUGUACUUCUCUGCGUUGAAAGCAUACAAGUUAGCUAAGUCUUACUUGAUAUCCAACAAGUAUGCGGAGUCACUCGCAUUGCUUAAUAAGACCGUGGAAAUCCUCAAAGAGGUGAAACCGUUGGAGGAGGAAUUUGAGGGAGGUAUUCCAAACAACGAGGAGAUUGAAAAGUUCAGAUCUGAGUCUACUUCUCUGUUCACAAAAGUUCAUGUUCUGACCAUGUACUUCACCAAAGAAAACCACAAGCCUCUUCUUGGAGACUAUCUGAUUGAUAAUGUCGAUGCAUUCCCAGAUCUGACUAACGAGGAGUUACUCGCUAAAAUAGCCGAUCUCGAUGCAAGGGUUAAACCUGUGGGAGUGAAGCCUGUUCUGUUUGACGUCGCAUUCAACUAUAUAGGCUACGACUCAGAUUUGUCCAAGGUGUCUGCCGGUGAUUCGAAGUCGGAGAAGAAAGCCGGCUUCUUUGGCUUAUUUGGACGUUAA